AUGUUCCACGGUCUGAUACCAGCCGAUCGAUAUUAUGCAUAUUUGUCAUUCCGCGAUAUUGAAUCAAUGCCCAAUAAGGAGAACGUUAUAAUCAUUCAAACGGUAGGUGCUGUGGAACAGCAUGGUCCUCACUUGCCUUUGAUGACUGAUGCUGCCAUCGGUUUAUAUAUUGUUGGGAAAACGUUGGAGCAGCUAGAUCAUGAUAAAUCCCCCACUAUAUAUGUUCUUCCACCUCAGUAUUCUGGUUAUUCGGUCGAACACACGUCUUUUUGCGGUACAAUUAGCUUAAGUGCCUCAACUUUGACCAAUGUGCUCAUGGACAUCGGUGAUAGUGUUUAUCGUGCUGGGUUUCGCAAGCUUCUUUUUUUCAAUUCACAUGGUGGACAACCGCAAGUGACCGAAAUCGUGGCACGUGACUUGCGCAAACGACAUUCAGAUCUUAUGCUUUUUUCAAUUUUUGCUUGGGACUUACCAAAUAUUGCGGCGACCCUUGUUACUCCACAUGAAUUUAAGUAUGGAAUACAUGCUGGUGAAAUAGAGACAAGUUUGAUGUUAGUUAUUCUAAAGGAGUAUGUGAAAAUGAAUCUAGCAGAGAAAGAGUAUCCUCCAACAUUAGUACCUGAUGGUGGGCUACUUAGAAUUGACGCGGGUUUGACAUACGCAUGGAUGACAAAGGAUUUAAGUCAAUCCGGUGUGAUCGGUGAUCCAACUGAGGCGACAUCGGAUAAAGGUGAACAGAUUCUUGCAUCGCUCAUAGCAAGCUUCAAGAAACUACUUCUCGAAAUUGAUGCAUUCAACUCUCAUGUUUAA